AUAUGACGUACCUCUUUCGCCCUUGCUUUGCGACGCUCUCCUUUUCACAGAGCGUUGGUUUAUCUUAAAAAUUUAGGAUUUAAGACAACUUUUGACGCUUCUACACAAUGUCUUUCACUGAAGAGGAAUCCUCGGUCCUUCAACGCACCACAGAGCCAAAGUUGGAGAGCUUUUUGUUCACCUGCGAGCUGUCUUCUAAAGUACCCUUCUACACUUUCCAAGGAGAUGAAGAAGAGGAUCUCGAACACUUUCUGGAACUUAGAACCAUUUGCCUUGGUGAGGGAGCCAAGGAGGAGAGCAACGUGGUGGAGGUAAUAGCCAUUAACCAUCUGGGAAAGAAAAUCUCAGUACCCAUAGCCAACCUUCACAUCAAGUGUCUGCCCAUGGUGAGUCUGGGAGAGUUUGAGCUGAAAGCCCCAGUGACUCUACGACUCAAAGCUGGAACAGGACCAGUUUCUGUCAGCGGCCUGCACCUUAUCGUCCCACAGAAUGAAGACUCCGAUCAGGAUGAGGAGGAAGGCGAAGAUGAGGAGGAAGAGGAUGUUGAGGAAGAGGAGCUUCCUGCUAUCAAACCAGCAAAGAAGAAGAAGAACCAGUAGACAAAGAGGACACUUAAAUGGCUGUCGAUGUGAGAAGUGAUCAGGUUUUUUUUGUACCAGAUGGACAGAUUUUACACCCUCUUCCACACAGCUGCGUGAAAGCUCAGCGCGGUGGCAGCUAAACACGGCGUUAAAAUGAUUGGAAAAGACAGUUAUUUGAAUAAGAAGCGUUUUUUGAUAUCAAAAUAUCCACUUUUUUCUUUUUUACUGUGUAUAUAGUGACAUUCCUAUUGUAGUAAAUUUCACUGUACUAUCACUGGUGGGAGGAAAAAAAAAAAAAAAACACGCCUGUUGCCACCAGCCAAUGCUAAUGUCAUUUAUAACAUUGCGUUUGUCCUGUUCAAGGAGAAACGUUCUGAAUGAAACAGGUGAUUUAUAUGCAGUUCAAUAAAUGACAAUUAUCUUCAAUGUUGAAAAUAAGUUUUGCUCAGAAUUUUACAUACACUCUCAGGAAUGCAUCAGUUCUGUGCUUUUUGUGAUUUUUAUCUAAGAAGUUUUCAUUUCAGGCUGGUUUAAUAUACAACUAUAAUGAAUUUCACAGC